AUGUUGAGGCUCGCAGCAGGGAACGUGCUCGUCCUGUCACAGGCUCGGAGCAGCGACGCUCUCUGUGGGACAAAGCCGCGGUCAUGGGAAUUCUGGAUGCCCUGGUCCGAGGAGACAGUGACCGUAGCGACGGAGGGAUCAGUAAGCAGCAACAAGCGAGAAGUCUUCUACCGGGUGGUGGGAGAUGAAUCGAAGGAGAGAUCGAAAGUGAAAGGGAAGGAGGGGAAGCGGAAGCCUCUGCUUGUCAUUGCGGACAAGUUCAAAGAUCACGAGUAUCUCACUGUCAUGGAAGCUGUCUGCACAUCUGACAGAAGGGUGAUCCUUUACGAUGCUCUAGGGACAGGAUUGUCCGAGCCUCUUCCAGCAGAAACUCGACAAGCUCUGUCGUCAAACCCAGCCAAUGCCGAGAGCUUUGCGGUAGAAGAACUGACGAGGCUAUGGGCAGACAUCUCGAAGACAUUGAAAGUGGAUCAAGUUCACGUCCUCGGUAACGGGUUUGGUGCCAAGGUUGCGGCAAGUUUUGCAAAGCAGGAGAAGACUGCUAAAUCUGUCGCGUCGCUCAUUUUCGCAUCAAUGGAAGCAGGGACGACCGCACCUCCUGGCGUCAAGGUUCUUGAAACGAAGGACCCUUCAAAUCUUUGUAGCCCCGCCACAGAAGAGAAGGAGAAAGAAGACUUUGUGCAGGGGCUGAUAUCCUUCAUGGACGAAGUCGACUUGAGCUGA